AGAGACAGAGUCUCACUGAGUUGCUUAGCACCUCUCCAUUGCUGAGGCUGCCUUUGAACUUGGGAUCCUCCUGUCUCAGCCUCCCAAGCUGCUGAGAUUACAGUUGUGAUCGAAAUCAUUCGUGAAUAAUGCUGGGCCAAGCUGAAAAUUUGUGACUGAGAGCUGGACCCUCGUCAUCACCACGCACUUUGUCACUGAGAAAAGCACUCAGUCUGGGCAAAGGUGCGGGAAGAAAAGCCCAGGAUCUCAGGAGCAGAGUGCAUAAGCUGCAAGGCCAAGCAUGCCACCUAACUUCAAGCUCCAGUGUCACUUCAUUCUGAUCUUCCUGAUGGCUCUAAGAGGAGAGAGCCGGUACCUAGAGCUGCAAGAAACCGCGGAAUAUGACCCUUUCCUACUCUUCAGCGCCAACCUGAAGCGGGACCUGGCUGGGGAGCAGCCUUACCACCGCGCUCUGCGGUGCCUGGACAUGCUGAGCCUCCCGGGUCAGUUCACCUUCACCGCCGACAGGCCGCAGCUGCAUUGCGCCGCGUUUUUCAUCGCUGAGCCGGAGGAGUUCAUCAACAUCCACUAUGACCUGGUCUCCAUCGACUGUGAGGGCGGGGACUUCCUAAAGGUAUUUGAUGGUUGGAUCCUUAAGGGAGAGAAAUUCCCCAGCUCCCAGGAUCAUCCUCUCCCCACCACUGAGCGGUACAUAGAUUUCUGUGAGAGUGGUCUUAGCCGAAGGAGCAUCAGAUCCUCCCAGAAUGUGGCCAUGAUCUUCUUCAGGGUCCAUGAACCAGGAAAUGGUUUCACACUAACCAUAAAGACAGACCCCAACCUCUUUCCUUGCAAUGUCAUCUCUCAGACUCCAAAUGGAAGAUUCACCCUGGUAGUUCCACACCAGCAUCGAAACUGCAGCUUCUCCAUAAUUUAUCCAGUAGUGAUCAAAAUAUCUGAUCUUACUCUGGGACGCUUACAUGGUGUUCAGUCAAAGAAACCCCCUGCAGGUUGUGGGGGAAUAGGAGACUUUGUGGAAUUGCUGGGUGGAACUGGAUUGGACCCUUCCAAGAUGAUGCCUUUAGCUGAUCUUUGCUACCCCUUUCAUGGCGCUGCCCAAGUGAAAAUUGGCUGUGACAACACUGUGGUGCGCAUGGUCUCCAGUGGAAAACAAGUAAAUCGUGUGACGUUUGAGUAUCGUCAACUAGAACCAUUUGAACUGGAAAACCAAAAUGGAAAUAGCAUCCCAGAAUUCUGUUUGUCCAAUCUUUGAAUAACCAGCUCAGUGAUUUCCAUGCUGCUAGCUAAGUGAGUUCUUCAUGGCUAUUGCAUGUCAUUUUGAUGACCAGACAGGGAAAAGCCUUUCAAGCCAGUCGGUAUUCCUUCCAGGCCAUGAACAUAUAUAUGGACAUUCAUUUUUGUACUUUGCUUCCUUUUUGUUUGUAAUAUCUCAAUGAACACAUGGUAGAAAAUCAACCCUGCUUGGCUGAAAACAAAUUUUAACUGAAAAUACUUGUAGUUGUUUGGUUUGCUACAAAUCUUAACUGUUAAGACAGUGUUAAGGAAUGUGCAAUGAACAGUUGUAUCCCCAAAGGAAGUCCUACAAAAAAAGGGAAAAUGAUGGCAACUGUAGUUGUACAACAGAAAAAAAAAUAAAAGUCUUGUGUAUACCAAAGGAGUAGCAUCUGUUUAUUUAUAAUUCUGCUUGCAAUAGAUAGAAGUUGUAACUAUUAGUUAUUGAUUUGUAAUUGGUAUUUAUUGAUUUAUGUUUAACAGAACUUUGUAGCAAGGAAAAAACUUUCCAUCCAUAAGUUGAAAUGUGAAUAAACAUAGUCAGAAGGUUGGCACCUU